ACUUCUCUUCCAUUACAAUUUCGUUUCAUUCGGAUUCUCACAUUCUCUCUCAUAAAACUCGCUUUCUUUUACUCUUUCUCUCACUAGACUAGAUAGAAGAGUGGAUAGCAGGAAAUGGCAGAUUGGGGACCGGUGUUGGUGGCGGUAGUGCUGUUCGUGCUGUUGACUCCAGGUCUGCUGUUUCAACUGCCAGGUCGCAACAAAGUGGUGGAGUUCGGGAACAUGCAGACUAGUGGGGCCUCUAUUCUGGUUCACGCCAUCAUCUACUUCGGCCUCAUCACCAUCUUCCUCAUCGCCAUCGGCGUCCACAUCUACACCGGUUAACUACUCUCUCUCUCUCUCUCUCGCUUAGAUCUGAAAAACUUGAAAAAAGCUUCCUUUGAUGUAAUUUCUUUAUUGGAAUAUCUAUGGUAUGACAUUUAACCGUUUCUUAAAAAAA